CUGACCGUAGAAUUUAGAUAGCUUUUAAUUUUGCUUCGCGUCGACAUGACUUCUUUAAGUUAUUUGCUAUUUUUCGCGACAACGGCUAGUGUUGUGGUCGCUGAUCCUUCGGCAGUUGAAGUACUCGGCGAUAUUUACAAAACUUGUUUACGCGAUUUUUCCGUGGCAUGUGUCAAACCGAAAGCUCUGGGAUGGAUUAAUCUAGUUUCUAAGAAACCUCAGAUUAGACUCACAGAAGAUUUGACGAUCGUCAACAAUGGUUACCAAGACGCUGAGAUGCAACGUGGAUUAGACAGGGACGUCCUAGACAGCUUCGAAGAUUUCUUGCAAAGUCACAACCUAGUAGCUAAUGUUCCCGGACUUUUACGACCUGACGGACCCUUCGGCAAGUUAGUCCCCAGAACGUUCCAACCUGAACCCAUCCAGGUUCCGCUUGCUGCCACUGGAAGGUCCAAAGUGAUCAAGAAAGUCAUUUUCCCGUUCUUGUUGGGUCUUAAAUUCAAGACAGCUAUCCUGGUGCCCCUAGCGUUAGCCCUGAUAGCUCUCAAAACUUGGAAGGCUAUGACAUUGGGCUUGAUUUCAUUGGUUCUCACAGGCGCCAUUGCUAUAUUCUCCAAGUUCAAUAAACAGCCCGCAGUUGAGGUGAUCCACUACCCGCAACAUUUGGACCACCACAUAGACCCUCACCAUAUCGAUGUCAUCCCGUCUAUAGUACCCAGCGUACCUGUAGGCGCGCCUGUACCUGUAGCUUGGCCUCAUCCUGUUUAUAGAAGUAAGAGGGCGGCAAACGAGCUUGCUUUUGGAGGCUAUAAGCGCUGACGUAUCGUCUGUGCUCUUUAUUUAUUUUAUUUAUUUGCAA